AUGAGCAGUCCAAAACGGAGAAUCGAGACGGAUGUCAUGAAGAUGCUGAUGAGCGACUACGAGGUGACCCUGGUCAAUGAUAAUAAGUUCUACGUGAGGUUUAAGGGGCCUACUGAGACACCUUUUGAGGGAGGUCUCUGGAAAAUCCACGUUGAGCUACCCGACCAGUACCCGUAUAAGAGCCCGAGUAUUGGGUUUGUCAACCGUAUAUUCCACCCGAAUAUCGAUGAGCUAUCUGGAAGCGUCUGUCUCGAUGUCAUCAACCAAACUUGGUCGCCGAUGUACGACAUGGUCAACAUCUUCGAGGUGUUCCUUCCGCAAUUAUUACGUUAUCCCAAUCCCACCGAUCCGCUUAAUGGAGAAGCAGCGGCAUUGAUGAUGAGAGAGCCCAAGGGCUAUGAAUCAAAAGUCAAAGAGUACGUCACGAAGUACGCAUCCAAGGAGAAUGCAGACGAUGCUGGCGGCGACUCAAACGAUAGCGACGAGAUGAGCAGCGUGGGCAGCUACGAUGACGACGAAGAAGACGAGGAGCCUGCAGGGACCAUGGAAGAGGUUUGA